AUGGCAUUCUUUUUAGACCCUCAUUUCCGGAUAUAUUUAAGAAAUAGAACGGGGAUAUUUUCUUUAGAUUCUUCAUUUAUAAACGAUCAUUGCUUUUAUCAAGGAUAUGCUGCUGAGAUUACUGAAUCAGUUGUGACACUGAGCACUUGUUCAGGACUCAGGGGACUAUUUCAGCUGGAGAAUGUCACUUAUGGAAUUGAACCAUUGGAGUCUGCAGCUACAUAUGAACAUAUAAUUUAUCAAAUAAAUGAUGAUAAAUUUGAAUCUCACCUUUUAAAAGAAAAACAUCACACCCAAUUUAUAGAUCCAUCCUAUAAGAUUAUUGUAAAAUCAGAAAAAAAUACAGAUAAUGCUCUAGUACAUAGAUUUAUGAAAAUAAAAAUCAUUAUGGAUAAAUUCUUGUAUGACUAUAUGGGCUCUGAAGUGACAGUUGCAACUGAGAACAUUGUCAAUAUAUUUAGUCUUAUCAACACUAUGUUUUCCCAGUUUAAAUUGACUGUUUUCCUAUCUUCAUUGGAAAUUUGGUCUGAUAAAAAUUGGAUUCUAGGCGAUGGAGAUUCUGGUGAAAUACUACAAAUAUUUGAUUCCUGGAAAGAUAAAUAUUUGCCUCACAGAUCCUAUGAAAUUACAUAUUUAUUAAUUUUUAGGGACCACCCUAAUCAUGUUGGAGCAACAUUUCAUGGAAAGGCAUGUGACCCAAAGUAUUCUUCUGGGAUUGUUCUGUAUCCGAAGAUGAUAACUUUAGAGUCAUUUGCUGUUCUUAUGACACAGUUGAUUGGAGUCAAUUUGGGUUUAACUUAUGAGGAGAGCUCCCAAUGUCAAUGUCCAAGAACUGCAUGCAUAAUGAACCCUGAGGCUAUACAUUAUCGUGGUGCAAAGUUUUUUAGCAGUUGUAGCAAGGAGGAAUUUAUACACAUAGUUUCCAAGCCUGAAUAUGCCUGUCUUCAGAAGAAAACAGGUUUUGAAGCAAUCCAACCAAGGAAUAAAGUAGAAGUAAUAUGUGGAAAUGGAAUUAAGGAAUAUUCUGAGCAUUGUGAUUGUGGCCAACCAAAGUUAUGCACACAUCCAAAAUGUUGUGACCCUAAAACCUGUAAACUUCUUGGAAAGUCGAAGUGUGGCAGUGGAACUUGUUGUGAUAAAGACACAUGUCAGAUAAAAGAAAGAGGAUUUCUCUGUAGGGAAAGUACUGGUUUGUGUGAUUUUCCGGAAUUUUGCAGUGGAAUAUCUGAAUCAUGUGGUCCUAAUAUAAAAGCUCUUGAUUUAGAGCCAUGCAAUAAUUUCACAUCCUAUUGCUAUAAUGGAGAAUGCAAAGAUCCAGAUAAACAGUGUUCAAAGUUAUUUGGAAAAUUUGCUAAGGUCUCAACAUAUUUAUGUUCACAAGAAGUGAAUUCACAAAAUGAUAGAUUUGGAAACUGUAAGGAAGGUCCAUGUAAUUUUGAAAAUCUACUUUGCGGAAAGUUAGUUUGUCAUUGGACACAUACACAUAUAGCAACAAGCAAUACUCUUGAUAUUCAAUAUACUUUCCGUGGAGAACAUGUAUGUAUGUCAUCAUCAUUAAGAGAUAGAACAAGUAAAGAUAUUACUGUUGUGGAAACUGGCACAAUGUGUGGUGAUGGAAAGUUUUGUAACAGAGGAGAUUGCAUUUCAGUCACAGAAUAUCGAAAAGGAUUAAAUAUACUAGACAAUUGUAUCUCUAGUACACAUUGCAGUGGGCAUGGGACUUGCAAUGAACUCUUUCAUUGUCAAUGUGAUGUUGGAUAUAGUCCUCCAAAUUGUACACCAUCACCAUCAUCACCAGGAGGAAGUCUUGAUGAUGGGAAUUGGAUUCAUGCAUCAAGUAGAGAAUAUCUUGUAAUUCGACCUGUUACUCGUCAAGGAAAUAAACUUUUGACCAGUAUCUACAUUUUUCUACCUUUACUCAUUUUAACUACUAUCAUUGCUUUCAAAUGGAACAAAAUAAAAAGAUUUUGGAAUAGAGAAGAAACAUAUACUGAAAGUUCUGUAACAGAAGACACUGACAGUAGGAGCAAUCAGUCAUAUUCUCUAAGGUAA